AUGUCUAACUCCUCACAAACGACCUCACAAGCUUCCACUCAACAGUCCUCUCAAUCGUCCUCUGGAAUCCCCCAGACGGCCGCUGCCGGCUCGAUCACAGUCACAAAGCCCCCUCAGGCCUCGACAUCCUUCUACAAGAUCGCCGCCUCGCAGACGGUCACCUUCGCCUGGAACUUCACCGAUGUCCUCUCCAUGCCCACCCACCUCACCGUGCACGCCGUCGGAGCAAACGGGAACACAUAUCCAGUAGGCCCCACGGACGGCAUCAUCAACGGCACUGCGACCUCCGUCACCUGGGACUUGUGGUCGUACCAGCAGGCCAAUUCACAGCUCCCGCUCGCCCCCGGCUCGUACGCCCUCCACAUCUGGGACGACCGCGGACCUGACGCCACUCGUGCCCCCGGGCUCCUCUCGCCGUACUCGUCCCUACAAUUUGCUCUCUAUACCCCCGAGGCAUAUACUCCUCUGGAAAGUUGGACAUGCGCUACGUGCAACGGUGCAUCACUCGACCUCAUCACACAUCCCGCGACGGUCAGCCUGGCCGUGACGUUCACCGUCAUGUUCCUGUCCGGCUACUCGCUCCUCAGGCAAGCGAUGCGGUAA